AUGUGUGAACUUAUACUGUCAAUAAGCUCUGAUUAUAUAAGUGGAAUUAUGGUUUUGCAGGACCCUACAGAUAAUUUAUCGUCAACUUCCAUUGUUUGCUUGUCUACGAAUAUGCAGAUUUGGGAGCAAUACAAUGAUCCAAUAUCUCGGUUUAACAAGAAUUGUACUAGGAAGCUAUCCAUAUUAGUCUUCACACCUACUUCUGAAAUAGCCCUGAUACCAGAAAUGCUGAAUUUCUUGGAUAAUGGUACCGAAAAGGAUAUAACUAAAAGUAUCUCUUGCUACUAUAAUGUUUCAUACCACUGUUGGUUGCUCUUCUACUCUAAAUAUCAGUAUUCGUUUUAUGUCUCGAGUUCCAAACAAUUAUUCCGCGAGCUGUAUGCAGCAAAUACUAGGUCAUUGACCUUGUCCGAUCUAGGCCCUGUUUUAAGUCUUCUGUUUCACAUGUCACAGUCAAACACCACUACUGUAUCCCGUCUAGUGUCUCUGUUCCGAAUAAUGUAUCUCCGGUAUCCCUUGUACUUGUAA